GGCCCUGAGGGUCAUGGUGUGGUCCAGAGUCGGCCGUUCCACCACGACUAGAGCGCUGUUGUCCUGUUUUUAAAUGUCUUCUAAGUUGUCUUGUCCCCUGUCUCCCAGUGCCCAGGUCAAGGUGUUUGUAACAGGGCUGUUCAGUCUAAACCAGGAUAUUGCAGCCUUCAAGGAGCACCUGAGGGACUUCCUGGUUCAGAUUAAGGAGUUUGCAGGGGAGGACACCACAGACCUGUUCCUGGAGGAGCGGGAGGCGUCGCUGCGUCAGGCGCAGGAGGAGAAACACAAGCUGCAGAUGUCAGUUCCCGGCAUCCUCAACCCCCACGAAAUACCUGAGGAGAUGUGUGAUUGAGACGUCCACCCACCCACUGCCCGCCGCGCCGCGCCACAGGAACCAAACUGCUGUUACUGUACAUGCAGACAUACAAACAGACACACACAACUAACCCUAACAGAACAGAAGGAGAGAAGAGAGGUGGGAGGCACUCGGUCACUUUGCUGUGGUGCGGAGAGGACAGCCACGCCCGUCCUCAUCCAUCAGGUGUUUGUCGACCAAAACCAUGCCAAUAUGUAAAUGAUGACCUACCGCGUCACCCCGUGGCCCUUUAUACAUGGCACCUACGCUACCUUUUAUAUGGAGACUUCUGGGUAAUUAUCUUUCCACUGUUUAACCCAAACUUGUAUCGUUUGUUUGGUCAUGGGUCACCCCCCCCCCCCCCAGCUGCAUGAGAUGGUGUGGAUGUAUGGACACAACCUUUAAACUUAGUUUUGUUUCCUCCCCCCCACCCCUCAUAUAUAUAUAUAUAUAUAUAUAUAGUGAGUCUGAGGAGAGUUUUUGUGCAACAAGGCCUAUGUGUCAAAGCGUUAUCAUCAAACAGGCUUCUAGAACUGUGGUGUGACGGACAGACGGGAAGGAAUGAAGUGGUGUUCUAGAAGUGUGUGUGUGCACCCUGCGUCUGAUUCCCAACCCAAUGCAUUGUGGUCAGAAUGUGAAGCUAGCGGAUUAUGAAGGAAGGAAGUCAGAGAUGCUGCUGCUUCGUGUGCCAGGUGGUCAGGGUAGCGGUCGCGCUCGUUGGUUGAACCUCUGCCCAACUGAAAAGAAACCUACUGCAUUUGGUUGCCUGGCUGUGACUGGAGGUGGGAACUUGGAAGACAGGAAGGAGCAUCAUCGGAGCAAGACAGUCAGAUGAUGUGCAUAUCAUCCCAAUUCUAUAGCACCUUUAUUACCAUGGGAACAUUAUUAUUAUUAUUUUGUUUCUUUUUGUGGGUGUGUUCAGUGCGUGUGCUGUCGCCUAGACGACAUGGGCGUUUAGUUUUCCUCUGCGAGGAUCGUUGCUCCACGAUGAGCUAUUCAUUAAAAUGGACGUUUAACAGAAAGAAGAAGCGGUUAUUGAAAUAUAUUUAUGGGUUCACGAUGGCUGCAUCUUUAUAACAAACUCCUAUUUAACUUCACUCAGAUGGCUUUUGAGAUUUAGGAUUGUAACUAAUUGACAAGCAAACAUAAAAAGAACUCGGUUUACAUUUAAUUUAGUAUUUUUGCAUUUUUUUUUAAAAGAUCUCUUCUAAACAAAAGGCUUUUAUUCCAGAGAGCGAAAUAAGUAGUUGCCAACAGUUUAAUUAGGCAACAAAUGUAUAAAUCCAAAUACCAACUCGAUCUGUAAUGGCAAAUAGUUCCCCUUCUCUACGUGUUACAUUUGUUGUGAAACUUUUUGAACUGAUUAAAGUUGAGGAUUUUAUAA